CGCAGAUUAUUUGUUUUGAUGUAACACGUGUUAGCUGUCAAAAUACUGCCCGAGUUGAUAUUUUGAUACACGGGACUGCGUUUUAAAAUGACUGCCAAACAUAUUUUGCUUACAGGUCCACCAGGUAUUGGUAAAACAACUCUAAUCAAUAAGAUAUGUGAUGCCUUACGAUCUACAGGAAUAGAAUGUCAGGGAUUUUAUACAGAGGAGAUACGAUCAGGUGGAAGAAGAACAGGUUUUGAUGUGGUUACUUUGUGUGGUAAUAGAGGCCCAUUAGCAAGAAUAAGUGAGAGAGAGGAGAUUCCUAGCAGUAAUAGAAGAGAAUAUAAAGUGGGACAGUACAGUGUACAAAUCCAGUCAUUUGAGCAGACUGCUCUACCAUCACUUCAAAAGAAAUCAGGUGAUAAUAAAUCUGUAUUUGUCAUUGAUGAAAUUGGAAAAAUGGAGUUAUUUAGUCAAACUUUUGUACAAAGUGUUAAAAGUAUUUUUGAUAAACCUAAUAGUACCAUAUUAGCAACCAUACCAAUAGCUAGAGGGAAACCCCUACCAUUUGUAGAAGAACUUAGGCACAGAAGUGAUACACUAGUUUUUACUAUAUCACAAAAUAACAGAGAUUCUAUUUUACAAGAUAUAGUGAAUGCUGUUAAACAUUCUGCUCAAAGUCAAUCAUCUUGAGAUUCAAAGAGGAAUCUUAUAGAGAAGUAACAUGACACCUGGUUAGAGGCCUGAAUUUCAUCCCCAUGAGUGUUUUUUGUAUGGCAUACAACAAACUAAGUGUAUAAUUCCUUGUUUAUAUAUGGAAGUGAAAUGAUAUGUAAUUGAUAUUUUUGGACCCGGAACUGGGUCUUGUUCUUCUUGGGGGACACCUUUCGAAAAAUCCCUGAAGGAUCUGCUGAUUCUACUACAACUGACAUAAAACUUGACAUGCUUUUUCCUUGGACAAUUGUGCAUCAGUUGAUGGACUGGACUUUGAUUUUUGAUAUGACAUCACGAUUCCAAGAUGCUAGGUUCCUGUUCCAUAGUUCGCUCUUACUUGUUUUCAUAGACAGUAUAUUGCAAAUAUAUGGUCAUAGUCAGACAUCCGUAGAAUAGGAUUAAUUGUUUCCAUGGUAACAAUAUACUUUAGACCGAAGUAGAGGAUUAAAUAAAGACACAAGCGAAAAUAAAAAUAGUUUAUUUGUCUGAUGAUGGACAAGGUAAAACUGGUGAACAAGAAAAAACAAACAAUUUAUAAAGAGCACUACAGUUGACAUACAAAAUAAUAACCAGCCGAUGAUAUUUAUCUGUAAAUAUAUGCAAUAAAUAUAGCAUUUUAAUAUUAUGUAUUUACAUGUUGGUGAUGUAUAUACAAUAAUUUAUAUCAUAAAUCAAAAGUUCAAUUUUAUGAUACUUUAACAAAACAAUAAAUUUCAUUGUUAGCGGCAAUUUACUACUAAACCUGUUGUACUUGAGGUUGCCUUAAAACAUGCCAUACAUAUUAUAUAAUGAACAAUUACAUAUAUCGAUAAGCUUUAUUAGCACUUAUUUUAUUAUUUGUAAAUAAAUUUAUUAAAUUUGAUUCAUUUUGAAAUUCUCACUUUUUGAUAUCUGAAUUAAAAUGCAUAUUUUGGCACUUAGAUUAAAAUACUAUAAUUAAGUAGUAUUUCAGGCCUAAACAAUUUGAUUUUUAGUGUUUUGGGAUCCAGAUCAAGAGCCUCAAAUGUACUAAUUUGAAAACUUGAAGCUCAGAGCUUUCAAGAAGAGCAACAGGUAUUAUUUGUUUUUCCAAGAAAUUGGCAGCAAAAUUUGAAUAAGUGAUCCCAAAAAACUAAAUUUCAAUUUAAAAUGGCCUAACUCCAAUUUUCUGUUGGUGAAAAAUAUAUAUGACAAUUGAAUUGAAGUAUUAUUGCUUUUGUAUGAUUUAAUGACUGUAACCAAGUGUGUUCACAUGUUCCCAGUGUCGAUGACAAAGGCAUAUUAUGAUAAAAAGUGAUGAUAUACUAUUAUUCAUGUAAAUAAAAGUUGAUGAUGUCAAUCAUAAGUACUGGUGAAUGACACUACCACACUUAAUAAUCAAUGAUGAAGCCUUUGAAAUUAAGCAAAAUUUAAACAAUGAUAUCUUAGGUUAUCUUUUAAAUUAUUGGUGUUUUCGUUUGACAACUUCACAAAAUAAU